GCUGGUUAUUUCAUUCGAACAUGAAAGAUAAUUAUAUUCUUAUGAUAUUAAUCACAACAUUUUCUCCACAUAUAUUCCAUUAUUAACAUUGCCAUACCUUUUGUGUAAAUUGUUGUGAAAUAAUCCUCAUGACGCGGGUCACAUUAUUUUGAGGGUUCAUUCUAAAGCAUGGAGACCAAAACAUUGCAAGACGAAGUGUGCAAACUUGCUUAUGAUGGGAAUUUUCAGUUACUGAAACAAAAACUGCAAAAAAAUGAGAGCUUGUGCUCCCAGUAUGACGCAAGCCAGAGAAUGCCCCUCCACUGGGCUGCGUCAGGUGGACAUACAGAGGUAGCAGACUACCUGUUGAGAAUUGGUGCUCCAGUUGAUGCAAGAGAUGAGUCAGAUUGGACACCUUUGAUGAUAGCUGUUUCGGCUGGCAGAAUGGAGAUAGUGGCUAACCUCAUCAGCAGAGGUGCCCUAGUGAAUGCAGUCAACAGAACAGGGCAGAGCAUGAUGCAUUAUGCAGCAUCAAAGGAUCAUAUGGAGAUAGCAGAACUUCUGUUAAACCAUGGAGCUGACGUCAAUGUGGGGGACAAGAUGGGCAGCACCCCGCUGCACAGAGCCGCAUCUAAAGGACAUCUCCAGAUGACAAAGCUGCUCCUGCAGCAUGAGGCGGAACCCAACAGAUCUGACUCGGAGGGAAACACUCCGCUUCAUCUUGCCUGUGAGGAGGAAAGGGUGCGGCCUGGGAAGCUCCUGGUGGAGCAUGGAGCCAGGCUGGACAUACAGAACAAGGACAAGAAGACUCCUCUAGACCUGGCCCCUUCUGGCAUGCAGCGGUCACUCAAACACUCCCUGGACAGAUGAAUAACACUUGAUCCACAAUCUCAUCAUCAUCACAUUGUUGUUUUCAAAACUUGCUGUUGUACAUUAUGCAUGAAUAAAUUUCUUACCUCAUA